UAUUGAUUAAAUUUUAUAUUGUUAAAAGGAGCUCCGAGAGUGGAGCUUCGAAAAAUGAAAAAUAUUCUGGUGUGUUUCUUUUUGUGUUGGGUUUCAAGGUGUAUAAUAGCUGUUGAAGAUGCUCCACCUGAACCGCAAAAACUCACUCCUGAAAAUGCCGUCGAACAUGAAAAAAAGCUCAGCGAAUACAUCCUCACUAUUCUGGAGCAUUACAAACAACAAGAUCCUGUAGGAUUACCAGGAGCACCAAUACCGGAUCCUCUAGACAUACCACCAAUGAAUCACUCUUUUUCCGUUGGAAGGAUGAACUUUCAAGACGUGAAACUUUACGGAUUGAAAAAGUUCAAAAUCGAACACGUUACCGCUGAUAUUGCUGUAAUGAAAGUUGAGGCUGCCUUGUUGCUGGAAAAAUUGGAUGUAAUUGGAAACUACACUUUAAAAACAUGGUUUUCAUCAGCCCACGGACCAUUUACAGUAAAACUAACAAAAGUCCACGUUAAAGCUACAGCAAAUCUUGAAGUUCAAAAAAAUGGCAGUCUCGAAGCCCAAGACAUCGCUAUGGACAUCACUUUCAAAGAUAUGGCAAUGGAUUUCCAAGGAUUAGGAUUCUUUGCUUCGAUGUUCCAGGGUAUAAUCAACUCGGUGGGGACUUUUGUUUUCGAUUCGAUUAAGCCUUUUAUCCUGAGAGAAGCCAACACCAACAUCCGUAACGAUAUCAAUAAGCAAGUUUCGAAAAUUCCUCAACAGUUUCCCAACUCAAUUUCACCUUUUGACCAAUUAGUGUCUGAAGUGCGCAAAAAAGUACGCUUUAUGGGCUACGAUCCUUUUAAAGUUGAAGAUUAUAAUAAUACUGUUGGAGUAUUUGAUGUGUUUCUUACUCAUACUUGGUUGUAUGGGAUAUCAAGCUUCCACAGGACUAAAAAUAUAAUUGUUGAAAUGAGAAACAAUAGUGUGCAUAUUCUAUUGGAAGUUGGCACCCAAAAACUAUCAGGAACCACGCACUGGGAAGUUUCUCUUGUAUCUGGGUUUUUGGAAAAAAUUGGAACUGCAUCUUUUAGUGUUGAAUAUAUCAGAGUCCAAAUUAAUGCCAGUCAAAAUAUGGACACUAGAAAAAGACCAUGCCUGGACGACAUUCAAUUAGAACUAGGAAAUAUCCAGGUCCGAUUCGACGGUUUGGGAACCAUCGACUACAUAAUUGAAUUCGCGGUGAACGUGGUACCGAACCUUUUGCGUUAUCAAAUCAUGGACGCUAUUGAGAAACCGAUUAAAUUGAAAAUCCAAGAGGAGCUUGAUAAAGUGGACGUUGAAGAGUUGAUUAAGGAAAACGCUGCUAAAUUAGACACUCCUGAGGGACUAGAAGAAUUGAAUAAUUUGAUUUAAUUUGGAUUAAUAAAUUAAUUUUUUCCAUUGUAUUUUAAUUUAGCUAAGAGAAUUUUGAGCUGAUAAGUACAACAAAUUAUUUCUGUA